GUCAUUAACACUUUAAGCCUCUCAGGAAGGGAGAGUUCAGAGCUCCGCAGACCAAAGAAGAAUAGAAGAAGAAGAAGAAGAAGAAGAAGAAGAAGAAGAAGAAGAAGAAGAAGAAGAAGAAGAAGAAGAAGAAGAAGAAGGGAGAGAGUGAGACCUCCGUGGAUCAGAGAAGAACAGAAGAAGAGGAGGACACCGUUUCCCCUUUCUCUCUUUUUCAGGAGUUGUGAACCAGCAUGCCCAAGGCAGCAGAGAGGACUCCUUCGACCACCUCCUCCCUCUCAAUCACCUCCAAUGUCUCCACCUCCUCAGCAGAGUGUCCGGAGAGCGGCUCCCAGUCAGGCUCGUCUUCCGAGCCCCCCAAGAAGUCCAAGAAGAAGACCAAGAAGAAGACCACGGAGGCCAUGACCGUGGUGUACACGUCGGUGCUCAACAGCGUGUUCGGGGCGGAGAGAGAAUUGGCUCAGGCCGAGUUGGAUGAGUUGGCAGAUGCCUUUAAAGAGUUUGACUACGACCAAGAUGGCUACCUCAACUACAAGGACGUGGCGGAGUGCAUGAGGACCAUGGGCUACAUGCCCACCGAGAUGGAGCUGCUGGAGAUCGUCCAGCAGAUCAAGAUGAGGAUGGGGGGGCUGAUGGACUUUGAGGACUUCACCGAGCUGAUGGGUCCCAGGAUGAUGGGGGAGACUGCGGACAUGCUGGGCCUGAAGGAGCUGCAGUCCGCCUUCGUUCAGUUCGACCUGGACGGGGACGGGAAGAUCAACCAGGAGGAGAUGAAGGAGGCGGUGAAGACGCUGCUGGGGGAGAAGCUGAAGAAAGGAGAGCUGGAGGAGAUCCUGAAGGAGCUGGAUAUCAACGCCGACGGAGACAUCGACUUCGAGGAGUUUGUGAUGAUGCUGUCAAUCCGCUAGCCGCCAGGAGAUGUUUUGGAGUAAGGACAUCGGUGGUUCACUUCCUCCUCUUUAUGAUGCGUCUCACGUUCACGCAGAGUGAAUGGACGGGUGCAACACUGUUGCAAUAGUAAUGCUACUAGCGGUGUGUGGUUGCUAUGGUGUCCAUUUGUGAUAACCUAUAAUUGACCUAUGAAUAACAUUGCAUGUUUUUCCCUUGUGUCCGUGGUUGUCAUGGAGACGUAUCAAAGAAUAAGUGAACACAUAACAAUUGAGUUUAACGUUCCAGAUAAUGUACAUCACAGAUGCACUUUAUCACUAAUAUAACUAUAGAGUAUAUUUGUGAUCAGUUGAGAAGAAUGCUAUCUUAACUUAAAGCAUAGACUGCGUCAUCCUAUGGUAUAUUCCAGGAACCAUAUAAGGAAGCUGUACUUUGUCACUGAGAAAAAUAGUGCCUACAUUUGUGAGAAUAUGAACCCCUUACUGUAAUACCCAUUACAAAAAAUGUAUGCUUUGCUAUUUUAAUAAUUUGAAUUUUUGAAAAUUUGAAACUUUGAAAACAAUGUACUUUACUAUUGUUGUGCACUAAUAAAAGGUGAUAAAAAAAAGAAUCCCGCGACCACAACCAACUUAUCGUGUUAACCCAAAAAUGUUUCUCACAAGGCCUUCAGAGAGAUCGGAGGCCCACAGUCAGGAGAUUCUCAUGUGUUAUGGGCACUGGCCUUUAGACCCAGGAUAAACUUAAUGAGCUGUUUCUCUCUGUGGUUUAGUCUUACAGCCUGUACCACUCAUGGUUAACAAAUGGAAACCAUUAAAUAAUGGGCUUUUAUUCAGAGAAUAAAUGAACACAGCAAUUCAAACUCAUGUCACUAUAAUCUCAUAAUUUACUAACCAUAAUGCAGCUUAAAGCAGCUUUGUCGAGGACUGUCGUUUUAAAGAAUGACAAACAUUUGCAGUUAUCAAGCCGGGGGGGAAAUAACACAAUUAUACUCAUUUAUUCACGCAUGCUUUCGUGUGACAACACGUUUGCAAAAGGUUUAACGUGUUAAGAGUUGUAGGAACAAACCGAAUCGUCAAACGUAUUCAUAUAUUAUUAAUUUCUAAUAGUAAAACUAUCUGUAACACAAUAUAUUUACUAUUAAGUUAUAUGUGCCAAUUCUGCUUUCAAAAUUGUUCCAUAGAGCAUUCCUAAGCAUAAUUUGUGAGUCUUGAGUCUUAAGACUCCAGCUUAUACAGUAACGAAGUAAUUCACAUCAUUUGGAGAGACAGUUAAGUAAUUUGAGAGAAAUACAAAGUGGAUGCCGAAUUGGCCUUAGUGUUGAAAGAGAAAAGGAGGUAAAUAUAGUGGCAAUAUAGAUACAAAGUGUGGAAAUGGGCUUCAACACACAUUCACAGCAAAUAGGGUUUUUUUUAACCCUAACACAGCAUAUUCUUUUCAUUUUCUUUUACAAAACAAGGAGAUUUUCUUUGCACAUCCUGGUCACUUAAAAACAACUAAUAUUGAUUUUGCAAUUUACCUUGAAUUGACUGUGUAUCCAAUUGUUCAUCAUGCAUUUGCUUAACAAACUACAAUGUAUAUUAAAGGGUAAAACAUAAACUAAAUGUUAUCUCAUCUUCUAAUCUACACCAAAGCAAAACUACGGACAUAAGCUCCAAUCCGUAAAACUCCACAACUGACAUUGUGUCCAACGGCCAUUUUAAAACCCUCAACUCGUCAUUAACGUCCAUCCAACACAUUCAAACACGCGGAAAUAUCUUCUUUCUAGUUAGAUAAAUGAAUGCGUUCAUAUU